CCUGUGAAUCAUCAUUUUUGCCAAUUUGCUCACGGCAAGGGCUUAAGUGUGGCCCUUCGCUCUGAUGCUACGCACAUGGUCGUCUACACUGAUGGCAUCCCCGUGAAGGAAUUCCAAUCGGUAGCGGACACAGUGAACUAUCCCUUCAAUAUCUCGGUAUUGAAAAGAGAGGAGAAAGGGUUGGAUGUUCUACUCUCUCUUAUGGACAAUCGCACACAAGUUGGUCAAGAGGAUUGGUGGAUGACGGGAAAGGCCAUGACCUUGGAUCUAUUCCGUGAUACUUUGACCAUACACCAUGGUCCAUGGAUACCUGGUUUCGACCCUUCAUAUCCUACUCCUCCGGAUAUUGUCCUCAAGGCGUGCGACCUCUAA